GAAUACCCGAUCACCGCAGCUGGUAGUACUAACUCCUGAAUAUGCGCGAGCUGUUUAUGUGUCUGAGUUUCGAAAAUUUCAUGACAAUGAAAUGUCCCAAUUUACCAAUGACAAAGUGGAUAAGAUACUGGCAAACAAUCCGUUUCUGCUAAUGGGCGACAUUUGGAAGGAGCGACGCGCUGAAAUAACACCUGGACUUUCAACAAAUCGAGUUCAAGCAGUCUACUCCGUCACCCAAAACAUUUGCAAGCAGUUUGUCGACUACAUAAAGAAGCAACAGCGCAUGGCGCCAUCUGGUGGUCUUAAUGCGAAAACUCUGAGCCUUUGCUACUCAACUGAAGUAGUUGCUGACUGUGUGUUGGGCAUUUCGUCGGGAAGCUUUAGUGAUAAUCCGACACCGCUUGUGGGAAUGAUUAAGCGUGUCUUUGAACACUCGUUCGGCUUCAUAUUCUUCAAUACGUUGGCAUCGCUUUUUCCUUUAAUCAGGAAAUUCUACUGUGUUCCAUUCUUCACGAAGGAUGUAGAAAAUUUCUUCUUUGAUAUCAUGCAGAAGGCCAUCAAUUUGCGACGAGAAAACAAUGAGCAUCGCAACCGAGCGGACUUUCUUAACUACAUGCUUCAGCUGCAAGAAAAGAAGGGACUCGACACAAUGAUGCUCACAUCUCACACAAUGACCUUCCUAACCGACGGGUUUGAGACUACCGCCUUGGUGCUAUCCCACACUUUGUUGCAACUUGCUCGCAAUCCGGAAGCGCAGCGUCUGCUUCGCGAGGAGGUGGCAACAGGAGCGUUAAGUUUUGAUCAACUGAGUGAGCUGCCUUAUUUGGAUGCCUGUAUAAGCGAAACACUUCGUAUAUUCCCACCGGGACUGGCGGCACGUAGACUUGUGACGGAACCUUUCAAAUUUGUUAACAAAAAUGGAGUCAGCGUAGAGGUAGUUCCUGGAGAAGUGGUAAUUGUGCCCAACUAUGCCUUCCACCACGAUCCGAACUACUAUGAGCAUCCAGAAAAGUUCCAGCCCGAGCGUUUUCUCGAGCACAAUGGAGGCGUGCGCAAAUAUCGUGACCAGGGAGUCUUUUUCGGGUGGGGUGAUGGACCUCGUGUUUGUCCAGGAAUGCGCUUUGCUCUUACCCAACUCAAAGCUGCAUUGGUUGAAAUCGUUCGUCAUUUCAACAUCAAGCCAAAUCCACAAACACGCACUGACAACGCCUUGGAUGAGACAUAUUUCAUGGCUACCCUUAAGGGGGGCAUUUGGUUGGAUUUUGAGGCACUCGAUUUGCGACGUAUUGUGUCAAUUGAGAAAAUAUGUAUGCGUCAAUCUAAGGACUAUCACGACUGUUGUGCAAUGUGUCCGAUAACUAUAGCAUUGAUAGUACUCGCCUUAUUGAUAGGCCUGAUAUACAUCUUUCUGAUAUGGAAUUUCAACCACUGGAACAAACGUGGUAUCAAAACUGUUAAAUCGUGGCCACUUGUUGGAAGUUUCCCAAGUGUGUUUACCCAAAAGCGAAAUGUUGCAUAUGAAAUUCAAGAUAUAUACAACCAGUAUAAAGAUACUGAAAAUAUCGUAGGCGUGCUGAAUACCCGAGCGCCACAGCUGUUGAUCUUAACUCCGGAAUAUGCGCGAGCUGUUUACGUGACAGAGUUUCGAAAAUUUCAUGACAAUGAAAUGUCUCAAUUUACCAAUGAGAAAGUGGAUAAGAUACUGGCAAACAAUCCGUUUUUGCUAUUGGGUGACAAAUGGAAGGAGCGACGCGCUGAAAUAACACCUGGACUUUCACCAAAUCGGGUUCAAGCAGUCUACUCCGUCACCCAAAACAUUUGCAAGCAGUUUGUCGACUACAUAAAGAAGCAACAGCGCAUGGCGCCAUCUGGUGGUCUAAAUGCGAAAGCCCUUUGCCUUUGUUACACCACCGAAGUGGUAGCCGACUGUGUGUUGGGCAUUUCGUCGGGAAGCUUUAGUGAUAAUCCGACACCGCUUGUGGGAAUGAUUAAGCGUGUCUUUGAACACUCGUUCGGCUUCAUAUUCUUCAAUACGUUGGCAUCGCUUUUUCCUUUAAUCAGGAAAUUCUACUGUGUUCCAUUCUUCACGAAGGAUGUAGAAAAUUUCUUCUUUGAUAUCAUGCAGAAGGCCAUCAAUUUGCGACGAGAAAACAAUGAGCAUCGCAACCGAGCGGACUUUCUUAACUACAUGCUUCAGCUGCAAGAAAAGAAGGGACUCGACACAAUGAUGCUCACAUCUCACACAAUGACCUUCCUAACCGACGGGUUUGAGACUACCGCCUUGGUGCUAUCCCACACUUUGUUGCAACUUGCUCGCAAUCCGGAAGCACAGCGUCUGCUUCGCGAGGAGGUGGCAACAGGAGAACUAAGCUUUGAUCAACUGAGUGAGCUGCCUUAUUUGGAUGCCUGUAUAAGCGAAACACUUCGUAUAUUCCCACCGGGACUGGUGGCACGUAAACUCGUAACGGAACCCUUUCAGUUUGUUAACAAGAAUGGAGUCAACGUGGAGGUGGUUCCUGGAGACGUGGUAAUUGUGCCCAACUAUGCCUUCCACCAUGAUCCGAACUACUAUGAGCAUCCAGAAAAGUUCCAGCCCGAGCGUUUUCUCGAGCACAAUGGAGGCGUGCGCAAAUAUCGUGAGCAGGGACUCUAUUUUGGGUGGGGUGAUGGACCUCGUGUUUGUCCAGGAAUGCGCUUUGCACUUACCCAACUCAAAGCUGCAUUGGUUGCAAUCGUUCGUCAAUACAAUAUCAAGCCAAAUCCAAAAACACGGACCGACAACAUCUUGGAUGAAACGUAUUUCAUGGCCACCCUUAAAGGCGGCAUUUGGUUGGACUUUGAGGAGCGUGAAUAAGAUAUUUUAAAUACUGAUCAUAAUAAAGUAAAUCAAUACCUAUACAUUUCCUGGUGAGCAAAAAUCAA